ACAUAUAUAAAUGUCCUAGAUGAAUAACAAAUAACCGGAGAGGUUAUAAUGUUUUCAGCUAGCUAGCUAGCUGCUAGCGAGGUUGUCCAGUUCCGGUUCUCUAAUUCAGGGGAGACAAACUUCCACGCUACACUUUCUAAAGGCGAUUCUAGAAACUUUAGUUAUUAGCAGUUAAUAAAAACCAGCAGCGCAGCUCUGCUUUAGUCUAACCUGAACUUUAACCUGGAAGCUGGUGUUGGAAUAAAACCAUGUUAACUGGUUUAACUGGGAAUGGAACGACUGUGUCCCAAACUGCAAACAAAAUAAAUAGAAAAAAAAAAUCCUAAUAAGGUCAUAAACAUGACCGCGGACUUAUGGUUCAGAAAUAAAUCCCCAAUACUGGGUCAAUUCUGUAGGGAAACCCAGUGGGUCAGAACCAGGUCAAAGGCAAUGCUACUGAAUACAUGGAUAACAUAACAAUUAAUUAUUCUGAUGUUUAUGAAAGAGAAAUAAUUUUAUUCCCGAACAGAACCAGAAGAACGUUCUCUGACUGUCGGAAUUUAAGGAUCAACGGUUCAGAAGCGAAGCGAACCGAACAGACUUGACCUGGACGGUUCGGAACCGAACCGAGCGGUUCUGGUCUCAAACUGAUCAUCAAAACUUUAGAGAUUAAAUCAAAUGGGAUCUAAAAUAGGAGAUUUAAAAUAAAAACUCUGGACCACCGGUGGGAAACGGAGACAGUUGGACUCCUGCACGUUCAUAUCCAACAUGGAGGGACCGGAGGACCGGAGUCCCCGAUUUCCUCCGCGGCCUCCGAGCAUCCAGAGCCCGCGAAGGGCCUCCAGAGGGCGGCCCAGGAGCGGCGGGGCUCCGGGAGGAGAGAGCCGUCCAGGUGGAGCGGGAAAACACCGGGGCUCCGCCCACUGGGGGAGGAAGGGCGGGGCUAUCAGUGGAAUGUGGAACAAAGACCGAGAAACACAGUAAGAGGUCUCACUCUGCUGGUUUUUCUCAGGAACGUUUGUUUUAAUCCCGAGUUUAAACGGGAUCUACAUUCUUAGUAACUCAAAAAAAAGAUGGUUAAUGAGCUGAAUUUAUGGAGCGAUUUCCAAUCAUUAUAACCAACAAAAUGCUUUUACACUUUGGGUGUUUAGCAGCAGGUGAAGAGUCCAUGUUGGGCAUCAUUAUAUAUGAUCAGAUCUACAACUUUCUACUACAAUCUACUACAUAUUUUGUGGAAAGGACACAGAAACAAUAAAUUGUGUUUUCUACACAGCUAAAAGGAAAAAAUUCCCAUCAACUUUCUUUGGAAUAAGGUGGAUCAAACCAAACAUUAAACUUCCUGAAUCUUUCUAGAGGUAUAAUAACAUUUGGUUAUUAUAGAAAAAUAAAACAGUUGUAAUUUUACAAUCUAACAUUUUGUCUGGUGAAAUUCUUUAUUCAGACACAGAAGCGCUCAUCCUCAGUCUUUAACAUCUCUUAUCUGAAUCCCAGUUUUAUUUUAAAUCUCUAAAAUAUAUUAAAACAUGUGAAGAGCUGUGAAAUAUUAAUCGAAUCAUCUAUUAAUGCCUGUUAAUUCUAAAACAUGAACUUCCUUGUUUUUGGUGUUUUUAGUUUUAUUUCAUGUUCAUUAAAUGACAUAGACUGUUAUUUAUAGAUUUGCACAUUGCCAUGCUAGUUUGGAAAUGUUUUGGUAAAUAAAGUUUAAAAAAUAAAAAGUGGGAUCAAAUCCUGGGUGUAAAGGAGAUGUUGAUGAGGUCAGAGGUCAAACCGGGUUAGAACCCGACCGAAACCGCAGCUGGAAGUCAUCUGACCGCAGGGAUCGAACCAAAACUGUAGACUGGACCCAAACGGUUCCGCCGGUCCAAAAGCUCGGAGUGAUUCAUCUCCUCUCAGAGCAGCUGUGACUCUGUGCGUCAUGACGUCAGCGACAGAGCGUCAGCUGCCCUGCUUCUGGCGUGCAGCGUUCAGAAUAAAGCGCCUCUCUGUCAGCUGUUCUGGGUCUCGGGUCCGGACGAACUUCCAGGGGUUCCGAGUCCAGGAGUCGUUUUCAUGCAGUUCGUGUUUCCGAACCGGGUCGGUUCUGGUCUGAGCUGCGGAUCCAAAAACUCAAGUUGGAGUAGCAACAAGACCAAAACAAGAGUCAAAAGUUUCCACCAAGAAAGUAUUUGUCAGGAUGUCGACGACGUCUCAGAAACACCGCAACUUUGUAUCGGAGCCGAUGGCGGACAAACCGGUCACGGCGCUGGCCGGGAUCGGAGACAGACUGGGCCACAGCCUGAUGGAGCAGGGCUACGAUAAGGCCUACGUGGUUCUGGGUCAGUUCCUGCUGCUCAGGAAAGACACGGAGCUGUUCUGCUAUUGGCUGAAGGACGUCACGGCAGCCAAUAGCAUGCAGGCUGAUGACUGCGCCCAGUGCCUGAAGGAGUGGUGCGACGCCUUCCUGUGAGGACGCCGCGCCCAUCACACAGAGGCCCCGCCCCUCCAGAGGCCCCGCCCCUCCAGUUCCCGCCCUGCGUUGCUGUUCUGAGCUGCCAGAUUUUCUCCUCUUUAUUCUGUAAAAGUUUGUCAUUAAAUCUUUUUGCCCAGA